GCUGAAAAAUGGGAACAAACACAGCUUUCCAAGUUAGUUACCGAAAACCCACCCACAGUACGUAUUCAUGAAAAACAAUGAAGUCCUGAACAAUGGGGCAGGAAGCCACCUCCUUCUCCAGUGACCCCAACCUUCAGAGUCCAGCUGAAGGCUGCAACAGGAAACCCCUCGCCCAGAGUCUUUCCUCCCCCUCCUCCCCACUGCCCACCCCCACAGGGGCACCAAAUGCACUCUUGCUUUCCAUCCACUCUCAGCCCCCCUCCUUCUCAACCCUCAGAGGGUCCCAGGUGAAAAGAGAAAAGCACUUACUCAUAGGAGGAGGCAAGCAGCCAAGCUGGGCUUGGAGAGUUGUCCUGCCCUGAGGCAGGCCUGAGGAAUAAAAGGAACGGCGGGCGAGAGGACAAAGAAGGACUUAAAGCUCUGGAAUAAGGGGAAAGAAAAGGCCUAAGAAAGUUUACAAAGCAAUCUGUCAGAGAAGGGAUGAAAAGGGAGCCCCACUGAGCAGAGGGGCUCGGGCACUCACCUCACCUUCGGCCCAGUUAGAAACCUGCAAACUCUGAGCUGAUCUCCCUUCCUUGUCCCAGAGCUUUCCCUGGGAGCAUGAGGCCUCACCUUGCUGAGUUUUUGGUAGCCCCAAAUACUUCUGCUCUACUUGGCUCAAUACGCCAGUUCUCCUGAACUCAACAAACUGACUCAACUGCCAGCUCCCUCUGGAUUUUCAGCAGAAACACUCUGGAUAAUAAGGUCACCAGCAGAUCUCCACAGCUAUCCAGCCACUCUGACUUCUCAGAUGUUCUGAGCCAGUGAAAAUAUCCACAGGCUUUCUGAAAGUCUCUCCUGCCACCAAAGGCAGGAUUAAUAGUAAUAACGAUCAUCUGAGUGCUCUCUCUGUAUGGAGUGCUUUAAAUCAUCUUACUGCUCACCACCACCUUAGGUAUGGAUUACCCAAUUUCACCAGAAAGGGAAGCGGGCCUGGAGCGAUUAAAUGACUUUCCAAAGAGAUACACAGCCUGGAUUCCAACCUAGGUCUGUCUGACCUUGAUGCCCACACACUUCCCCCACUCAGGACACCGCCUCUUGGGGAUCCUCUAUGAUUCUAUGUUUUUGUGUGUGUGGUUCCCAUAUUAAUUUUAGAUGGGGGAGGGAUGGUACAAUUCUGUGGUAUCUAAAAAAUUUCUUACCUCACAGUUGGCAGUGGGGAGUGGGGGAGUCUGCCUCCUGGCUGGGUAGGGUCCUGAGUUCUUUCUAAACACUUGAGUAAUUAACCAUAAAUAACUGGGCACUGGGAACAGGACACUCACUAAUAAAAGUGUAGCCUAGAGUCACGUUUGAUGAAAAAAAUUCAAGUCACUGGUGGGUGGACAUAUCUGCAAAACAAAAGAAAAGCCCCUUUCCCAGCCCAGGCAGAGAAGUCUCCUGUACAGUUAGAGACAACAGGCUUCUGGGCACAUGGCCAAGGUUCUGGGGAUAUUUAUAACUUGAAGAGGGUGGGAGUCCCUAAUAAGCUGCUAUAUUCUUUUUCCAUCACUUCCCUCUCCAAGGCUACAGCGAGCUCGGAGCUCUCCUUCGCGCAGAAUGCCUGCUCUCCCUAGUGCUCCCCUUCCAUUGUCUCAUUUUCUCAUCCUGGCUGGGGAAAGGGAAGGCUGCAAGUCCUUCCGUUCGGAAGAGCUCCAGUUGAAUGCAGCUUAGUUGCUGGUGGUAUUUCUUGGCUAGUUGCUGUGGUCUCAGAGAUCUGCCUAGGAGCCUGUGGUUUCUCUGAGCUGCCUGAGAGUCUGAUGUUUCGAGAAUUCUGUGAGUCUUUGGGAACCGCCUACCAUCUCUGGGCUUUGCCUGCAUGUCUACGGAUUCGAGAUCUACCUGCAGGUCUAAGAUAUCCAGGAUCUGCCGGUGAUCCCUAGAAUCUUUCCAAACGUCCGCAGUCUCAAGAGAACUCUGCCUGAGGAUUUGAAAUCUGUUUUGAGGCCUCUUGGAUCUUUUGAAGCCCGAGACCUAACGCAUCUUUUGCGGGCCAGGAGCGCUGUCUGCUAGCUGCUUUUCCUGCUGUCUCUCCUGGGAGGCGAAUCCUUGAGCCCGAGAUGGCAGCCACCCUGCUCAUGGCUGGGUCCCAGGCACCUGUGACAUUUGAAGAUAUGGCCAUGUACCUCACCCGGGAAGAAUGGAGACCUCUGGAUCCUACACAAAGGGACAUUUACAGGGAUGUUAUGCAGGAGAAUUAUGGAAAUGUUGUCUCAUUAGAUUUUGAAAUCAGGAGUGAAAACGAGGUGAAUCCAAAGCAAGAGAUUAGUGAAGAUGUAGAAUUUGAGACUGCAUCUGAAAGACCUGUUGGUAAUACUGAGGAAAAUCCUGAAAGUGAAGAGGCCUUUGACAACAGGGAUAGAUCAGAAAGACAGUGGGGAGAUUUAACGGCAGAAGAGUGGGUCAGCUAUCCUCUCCAGCAAGUCACAGAUCUGCUUGUCCACAAAGAAGUCCAUACAAGCAUCCGAUAUCAUAUAUGUUCUCAUUGUGGAAAGGCCUUUAGUCAGAUCUCAGACCUUAAUCGGCAUCAGAAAACCCACACGGGUGACAGACCCUAUAAGUGUUAUGAAUGCGGGAAGGGCUUCAGUCGGAGUUCCCACCUUAUUCAACAUCAAAGAACACACACUGGGGAGAGGCCCUAUGACUGUAACGAAUGUGGGAAAAGUUUUGGAAGAAGCUCUCACCUCAUUCAGCAUCAGACAAUCCACACUGGAGAAAAGCCUCACAAAUGUAAUGAGUGUGGGAAGAGUUUCUGCCGGCUGUCUCACCUCAUCCAGCACCAAAGGACCCACAGUGGGGAAAAACCCUACGAGUGUGAGGAGUGUGGGAAAAGCUUCAGCCGGAGCUCUCACCUAGCUCAGCACCAGAGGACCCACACAGGUGAGAAGCCUUAUGAAUGUAACGAAUGCGGGCGAGGCUUCAGUGAGAGAUCUGAUCUCAUCAAACACUAUCGUGUCCACACAGGGGAGAGACCCUACAAGUGUGAUGAGUGUGGGAAGAAUUUCAGUCAGAACUCUGACCUUGUGCGCCAUCGCAGGGCCCACACGGGGGAAAAGCCGUACCACUGUAAUGAAUGUGGGGAGAAUUUCAGUCGCAUCUCACACUUGGUUCAGCACCAGAGAACCCACACUGGGGAAAAGCCAUAUGAAUGUAAUGCCUGUGGGAAAAGCUUCAGCCGGAGCUCUCACCUCAUCACACACCAGAAAAUUCACACUGGAGAGAAGCCCUACGAGUGCAACGAGUGUUGGCGAAGCUUUGGUGAAAGGUCAGACCUAAUUAAACACCAGAGAACCCACACAGGAGAGAAACCCUAUGAGUGUGUGCAGUGUGGAAAAGGAUUCACCCAGAGCUCUAACCUCAUCACACAUCAAAGAGUUCAUACAGGAGAAAAGCCUUAUGAAUGUACAGAAUGUGAGAAGAGUUUCAGCCGGAGCUCAGCUCUUAUUAAACAUAAAAGAGUGCACACUGACUAAGUCCUGUAAUUAUGAAUGGGGAAUGAUUCAUUUGAAGGUACAAUUGUAUUCUAUAUCAAAGAGCUCUGUCAAGACUGAAGCUUCUUUUACUGUGCUGAAUUUUUUUCUUGUGGGUCACCAUUUAAAACAUCACAGAAGACAAGCCACUUGAAAUUCUUGACCCAUGGCUUUGGGAAUAUUAUUCUCUCUCGCAAAAUAGUGAUUUGUAUUCCCUCAGUACUAGCGAAUUAUUUCAUCAAAGUCAGCCUCACAAAUAAUUGGAAAUCUGAAGACCAGGUGAUAAAUGCUGGUAAAUGCUCAGGCCUGGAAAUGGAGUAAAUCUUUCAAAGUAAUUUCUCCCAUCCUUGACCCAAAGAGCUAUACUAGGAGAAAUGUUAAACUGUGAUAGGGUGGUCACAGCUGCUUUGGAACAAAACAACCAGAGACUUUGCCUGAAUUGCCGCACCUAUUCACUCACCAUGGUAGCUGGGCACAUACAUCAUCCCUUCAAAGGGCUUUCUCCCUGAGUUGCUCAUGCAUUUGUAUCUAUCUUCCUGAGAGCAGGAUUCUGCACGGUGAAGGCAAUGAUCGAUUUUCUCCUCAUUGUUUCUAAUUAACUUUUCUUAAAGCUUUCCUCUUUGUGAAAGCUAACUGAAGAUUCAGAUUGAAAGGAAAAAUGAAACACAGAUUUGGGGACCAAGGACUCAUCAACAGUGGUGAUUUUAGCAAGAGAUGCCCACUGUUAUUGCCAUUGAUCAGAAUUUAUGAAUUUUCUUUGGGGAUCACUGUAGGGAAUAUUGUAGGGAAAAUAUCUUCAAGGAAAGCUAGGACCAUAAGUGAUGGUGGAGCGUAAGGAGCAAGUGGAACUGACUGGGGAAGGAAGCAUAGAGUUUCUUCCCAAGGAAUCAGGUCGUUUCUGUGUUCUUUCCCCUCUACCCUUUAAGAUCAAAUCUCCCUGUACUGCUAACUCUAGGAUUUGAUAAGGGCCACAUCCCAGUGUUUAUCUUAGCUUGCAUAAGGGCAUGUGUAUGUACAGUGAAAUGUGUAUUCUUGUUGUUUUUCCAAUAGCAGAAACUGAAUUCACACUGAAUUAGCAUGCUCUUGGGUGAUACUGAUCAUGUGACAGAAAAACCGACAUAACGCCAAUGUGAAAAAUGUCCUUUUGUUCACUUUAUGAAAAAAAUUUAAACACUAGUGCUCUUGUGUGCACUCUCCUGAAAGAUCUGUACAGAACCAAGCACUUGUUUAUAUGUAUUAGUCUGUUGGAGAUAAUUACCAAAUAGGUUGAUUGUCUUAGUCUCAGACUGAAUGAUCUUCUCUUUGCCCUAGUCACAAGGAAUUAAUAAACCUAGAUAGGAAUGUAUUUCCAUUCUCUCAGCUUACAAAUUUAACCUGUUUAUGUCAGCGUUGACCCAAUUUAAGCCCAGUAAUGUCAGUUCUCCUUAUCUCAGUUCAAAUAGGAUUAAGAAAUACCCCAGAUGUCGAUGCACAUCCAAGCCUUUGGGCUGGGAGUGGGCGGGAAUCAAUGUCCAGGAAUGGGGGCUAGAGUAAGGAGUUCACUUUUUCUUGAGUCUGCCCCAAAUACUGUGCUGUACUGUGAGUGUUGUACAUUUGAAAACCUUUUGCCAUAACUCUUUGGGACUUGGUGUUAAAAGAGCCAGUGGUCUUUCUCGGGUAGUGUACUAUAGUGAUUUCCUGUGACCCACCGCCCUGUGGGUCUGCAUCCCUUGCAAUAACACAGCCUCAGAAGUAACAGUGAAGUACUCCACCAAGUAGAUGUCUUUGUGUUGCCACUCCUGUUUACGCACAGAUUUGGUUUCCCUCUGUUAAUUGUUGAAUGACCUACAUGUUCCUGAUGACUAAAGUCAAACGUGUCUUUUUCCCAUAUCAGUGUUGCUGAUGGUUUUAAUGAAUACCAAAAUUCUCCUGUUGUUUCUGUGAGCUGCUAGGGGCAUUAGCUUCGGAAUGGCCAGAGAAGACAUCAUCUCCAUGACCUAACUAUAUUUUAUCCGCUUUUCCUUCCCUAUUCUCCUGCCUUACCCCCAACCUGUUCCUUUUGCUGCUUUUGGCUUCUAAGUGCCCCAGCCUUCUCAGCAGACAUGUACACUCCAUUUGGGAAGUUAAAAGGGCAGAGGGCCAGACCAGCUCUAUCUCCUCUCUUCCUGCCAGUUGUUGCCCAUUUGCUGCGUUGAACUCUGUGUAAAGUUACCCAUCAAUCUCUCUUUGCUAAAGCUUUCUGCAUGCCUUCUGCUCCCAAGUCUCUGGCUGCUUCUGCACAUACCCUGAACACAUUGUGCCUGUUUUCUAUGGUUGUGGAGAGUGAGUGAAAAAGUUAAGUAUGUAGCGCAGUUUUCCUUCUGGUAUUGGUCACAGUUAUACUAGUGUCUAUCUACAUCUGUAUUAUUCUAACAAUAUUCUGUAAUUAAAAGUAAAAUUUUUAAAAUCAAAAA